AUGGUGUCGUUUUGGUUGGAUUGCUUGCCUGCAAAGGUGGAGAAAUGGCUGGUUUCGUGGAAUCUUAGUGGUGACUCGGUCUCCAAUGAUCUGAUUACAUCAGCAGCAAAACUCCUUAAUAUGAACGUCUUUCGAAAUAACAUUCACUUAUCGCACGAUGAGUUGAGUAAGGUAACUGAUUUCGACAACUCACUGAUUGUGUGCAAGGAGCUGUUUUGCUUCUAUUUUGGAAGAGUGGAGGAGUGGUACCCUAAAGAAUUUGGGUUCCACAUGAAGGGAUGUCUACCACAUGGCCAUGUUGCGUUGGCUGAAUACGGGUGUGAACAUGCUUUUGUGAUUCGGGAUGGUGCCACUGUUGGUGAGAAGCCCUCACAGUUCAUCACAUGGACUUCCUGA